CGGGUUACCGCCACUUCGAUGUGAAACAGCUACGGCAAAAAAUUUAAUCAAGUCAUCCUAACAACGUCGAAGAGUCAAAUAAAUAUUACGAUUCUAAAAUGGAGACUCUUCUGGGCAUAAAGGGACCUGAUUUUGUCAUGCUCGCUGCUGACACAACUCAUGCCAAUUCUGUAAUUGUGAUGAAAGAAGAUGAGAACAAAAUCCACCAGGUUGCGGAAAACUUGUUGAUUUCCACGGUAGGUGAAUCUGGUGACACUGAGCAGUUUACAGAGUUUAUUGCGAAGAACAUUGCAUUGUACAAGAUGCGCAAUGGCUACGAUUUAAGCCCAAAAUCGGCAGCACAUUUCACUCGCAAGAAUCUGGCUGAGAGUCUGCGUAGCCGUACACGUUACCAGGUGUUUAUGUUUGUGGCCGGCUACGAUCCCAAUGAAGGUCCUGAGCUGACUUUCAUUGAUUACCUGGCGUCUGCCCAAUCCUUGAAUUACGCCGGUCAUGGAUACGGUAGCAUGUUCUGCGCCAGCAUCUUUGAUCGAUAUUGGCAUGAAAAUAUCACCCAGGAGGAGGCCUACGAAGUGCUGAAGAAGUGUGUGCUGGAAAUCCAGAAGCGUCUGAUUGUUAACUUGAAGAACUUUAAUGUGGCGGUUGUCGACAAAAAUGGUGUUCGCCAACUGGAACAAAUUAGUUCCAAGAGCCUGCUCGACUACAAUGCUGCCGCUUAAUUAAGUAGCCAUUAAUCAUAUUUUAAGCAUUUUAAAUGCACAUAGUGAAGCAUAAUAAAUGAUUU